UGACAAUGACAUGCUAAUGGUUUAUAAAUUUGAAAAUUUAAUAAAGUUUUGAAAUAGAAAAUUGAGUUUCGCUUUCGCCAAAAUGCCUGGCACAGAAAUGUGUUUUACGUUAAAUACAGGAGCAAAGAUGCCAUUCCUAGGACUGGGUACUGCUGGUUUGAACGGGAUGGAUCUUAUAUUAAAUACCUUAGAUGACGCCUUUCAACUAGGAUAUCGUCUCAUUGAUACCGACGCUUCAUACGAUAACGAAAAAGAGAUCGGAUAUUGCUUAGAAAAACUCCUCCCGAAGUUCAAUUUACAACGUAGCGACAUUUUCAUUACUACAAAAUUAAGUCCCACCGAUCGUGGUAAGAGAGUCGAGAGAGGCAUCAUGAAAUCUUUACGGCACUUAAAUUGCGAUUACAUAGAUUUGUUUCUUAUGGACCUCUCUUGUACACAGACGGGCAAUUCCGAAGAUGAUGCGCGUUUGAGGAAUUUAAGCUGGGCCAAAAUGGUGGAGGCUGUGAAACACAAGCAAGUCAGGCAAAUAGGCGUUUGUAAUUACGGCGUGGAGCAAUUGGAAGGGCUGCUGGCCCGUUGUCGUGGAGUUCGACCUUCUGUCAAUCAGGUGGAAUUCCAUCCGUUUUAUAGAGAUCGCAAAUUGUACGAUGUAUGUCGAAACGCCGGCGUAUUUAUGCAAGCCUACUGCAUAUUGGGCUGUUCGAAAUGGUGCAAAAUGUUGCGUAAUGAGCAUGUGCUGAAGUGCGCCCAUGAGCUAGGAAAAACUGCGGCUCAAAUUCUGCUUCGUUGGGCCAUCCAACAAAAUGUAGGCGUGAUUCCGUCGUCCAGGAAUGUGGCUCAUUUGUUCGCCAAUAGACAGGUGGAUUUCGUUAUUCCUCGUCACCACAUGAUUAAUCUCAGCACCUUCGAUAGCCACCAAAGAAUCGGAAACGAGCCUGAAAUGAUUCACGUACUACAGCGAUUUCAAAGCGAAUAAAAUGACCCAGAUAAAAAAAUUUCACAGAUUGAACGGAUUUCA